UCGGCGCUUGUAAAUGAUUCUUUGGGAAAAGGGAAUAAAAAGGAAAAAACUGCUACUCAUCAGGCGGACUGCAUGACCAUUCUACAAACCAAACCCAUCAUCCUGCACGACUCUCCGCCGUAAAAAUUUACAGAAACAAGCACACACUUGAAAACAUGCAAAUGGAAUCCUCUAACAACUCUCUUGCUAACCUUGCCUUGUUUUCCCUUCUGUUUGGCGCCGGCGUUAUCUAUCUCUUUGUCCUGUCAGCCUCUUCAUCGACCAACCCUUUACUCGCAAUCCAACGUAUAUCCUCCAGUAACCCCGACUCAGCAUCUCAGUACAAUAUCAUCACGUUCCCUAUAGAUGAGCUGGAAUUGGCUCUGAGAAGAGCUUCAAUGCCCAACAAAACCGUCAUCAUCGUUAUUCUGAAUAAGGCGUAUGCAGAACCAACGGUUAAAUCUGAAACCACAAUGCUUGAUCUUUUCCUGGAGAGCUUUUGGGUAGGGGAGGACACCAGGCCACUCCUCGACCAUCUACUGCUGGUAGCGGCGGAUCAGACGGCGUACGAGAGGUGCAUGUUCAAGCGGCUUAACUGUUACAAAAUGGAAACUGAAGGCGUAGAUUUCGGCGGAGAAAAACUUUUCAUGUCGAAAGAUUUUAUUAAGAUGAUGUGGAGAAGGACUCUUUUACUCUUAGAUGUCCUCAAGCACGGCUAUAGCUUCAUUUUCACGGAUGCUGAUGUAAUGUGGCUAAGGAACCCAUUUCCAAGGUUAAGCAAGAAUGAGAGUGUAGAUCUCCAAAUUAGUACCGACUGGUUCAAUGGCGACCCACUGUCUGAAAAGAAUCUUAUUAACACGGGUUUCUAUUAUGUGAAAUCAAACAACAAGACCAUUGCAUUAUUUGAGAACUGGUACUCCAGGAAAGACAAUUCCACAGGCAAAAAAGAGCAAGAUGUUCUUUUCGACCUAAUGCGAGAAGGUACCUUUAGGCGACUGGAGCUUAAUGCGAGGUUCUUGGACACAGUCUAUUUCAGUGGGUUUUGCACUGAUAGCAGAGAUGUAAAGGCAGUGGCCACUGUCCAUGCCAAUUGCUGCAGGAGUAUAAGUGCCAAGGUCCUUGAUCUAAGAUCCGUCCUUCGUGACUGGAUGCGAUACAAGGCUGCCAAGAGAGUUGCAACUAAUGGAACUGUGGCUUUCCAGUGGUCAGGUCACUUUGGAUGCUGGAAUUCCUGGAAUAAGACUUCAGUUUAGAUCAUUUGUUUUACCUUAGUUAGUCUAAAAUAUCAAUCUUUCUUUAAUUAUAUAUAUGAAAAGAUUAGUUUCUGGUUUCUUGACUACAUAACUAAUUAGUUUUACAAA